AGAAGACAAAAAGAAAAAGACGAUCUGUACUGUGAUAGUACAAGUAGUGGCAGAAGCGGGAGGCGAAGCCUGUUUGGCCGAUAAGGAAGAAGAUAAUGUCUCACAAAGGAUGCCUCAGUGUUACAAAAUACUUCCUCUUCCUCUUCAACGUUUUCUUUUUUAUUCUUGGAAGUCUGGUCUUCAGCUUUGGCUUAUGGAUACUUUUUGAUCAAAAUAAUUUUGCUUCUACACUUGGGUCCUCAUAUUACGCUCUCAAGAUAUGGUCGUACGUUUUCUCUGGUGUGGGCAUCCUAACAAUGUUUUUGGGAUUUCUUGGAUGCUUGGGCUCUCUCAAGGAAGUCAAGUGUAUGCUAGGACUUUACUUUGCCUUCCUACUGCUCCUGUUUGUUAGUCAAGUCAUCAUUGCAAUCUUGAUACAAACACACAGCAACACGAUCACUUCAACUGUAGCUGGACGUGUAAAAACCAUCAUUGCAGGCUAUGGAACAAAUACAUCCCUUUCUGAUGGUGACAGCUGGGAUUUUGUGCAGGAGCAGUUCCAAUGCUGCGGCUGGAAAGGCUGGGCGGACUGGAUGGAAAACAGCAGAGUCAGAAAUGCCUCAAAUAAAGAGUACCCCUGCUCCUGUCAAAACACCUCUGCUCUGCACUCAGCCAACAACGGAACAACUGACAAGCCGGCCCUCUUUUGCCGAGCAGAGGCACCGUUGCAAAUCAACAAUAGAGGCUGCAGGGAGAGUGUCCAAACCUGGCUGAACAAUAACAUCAUCAGCAUUGUAGGGAUCUGCCUUGGGAUUGCUCUCCUAGAGCUCUUCCUCAUGAUGGUAUCGAUGUUUCUGUGUAGAACCAUUGGCCCCAACUAUGACAAGCUUGCUCGUUAUUCCUAGGCAAAGAAACUUUUUGGGGAAACGGCAUUGAAGAAUGGUAUUGUGUCUUAUUUAGACAUUAAACCAGGGUUUUAAAACAGUAUAUUUUAGGGCUGUGGUUGUGAUCAGCAAGUUUACUACCUAACUUUCUUGUCCUAAAUAAUCCAGUCUUGGAAACUGAGAUGAAACUUUCAAGAAUCAGAGCAACCAAUAAGAAAACAGAGUACUAUGAAACAGGUUUUUACCUUCGCUUAGCUAAAGAUGUCCUCCAAAAAUUAUAGCCGUAUCGGCUUUUGGCUUUUCAGUAAAUCCCUACAAUAAGAUAUGAGUUCUUUUUAUAUUGCAUUGUCCUGGAAUGCACAGAUUUUAACAGCCAAGCCCUGAUGUAUUUUUGCAUGAUAAGAACUAUUUAACCAUAAAUCAAUUAUUGCAAUUCAACCUGAGAAAAAGUAUUUUUUAAAAGCAUAUACAUAUAUACAUUCAACACUCCCCCAAAUCCUUUGAUAUAGCUAUUUUAGACCUAAAGUUAAAAAGUUACUUUUUUUUAAAAAAAAGUGAAAUUUGCAGCAUCUUAUUUAGUCAACAAUUCAGGCUGUGAAUUAACAGUGGUGUUGACCCACCUGAUUGGACCAAGAGGUUUUUUUUGUUAAUCAUUCCUGCUACCAUUGAGGUAUGAUCUAUUCAUCCAGACUUCAAGCAUUCUCAACCAUAUGUAGGAUAUAACCAAACCUCAAAGUUGUAUGUUCUAUGCUACUCUUGGCAUGUAGUCUUUUAUACCACAAUCUUUUCUUGAUUUGGUUGAAUUAAUCUAUGUUGAAAACAGCUCAGUUAAGAAGGCUGCAUUUCUCCCUUAUGUUUGGACUAAACUGUUCCAUCACCAGCCUUUUUCUCUUGUUGGAUAAAUGGCAUGAAGAACCUGAAAUCCAUCUGAUAUUUUUCGCUGGUGGCUCCUAAUUGUCCUUUACAGAUAAUUGUAAGGAAUGUUGAAUGACAAGUUCCACAGCACUGAAUCUACAAACCUUUGGAGCUUAUGACUCCAUUAGCUAGUUAAGAGGCAGGAUAUACCUGGUAUGGAAUGAAGAGGUCCUUUUGCAUUGGGAAUGCAUUGACAUAGCCAUUAACACUUCUGUGGAUUUUUGAAUAAUGCCUCUUUACUGCUCCAGCAGGUGUAAACAAAGAGGACACCUUAUCUUUGAACCUCAAAAAUUUGACAUGGUUUUCUGUUGCGCCUUGCACACUUAUAACUCUGUUCAGGGCGGAUGAGAAAACCCGCCCCCCUCUCUUUUUUCUCUGCUUUUUUGUGGUAUUUAUAUAUUCAGCUUGGAUGUUUAAAACAGAAAUGUAAAAGGGGAAAUAUUUUGAGGAAGGGGAUGCAGGUGGAAUGAGGUACCUAUACAAUUUCACCCUCUUUCUCAGUUUACUGUGGUUUGUUCUUUGCAGAGUUAGUCCUUUAAAAAUUUCUAUUUUGUAAA